ACUUUUUCGGUCACGUGACGUACAGCUGUCUCAACGUCACAGCAGUCGUCGGUCUGGAUAAUUCCACAUGAGAGAAAAAUGGCGUUCACAUUCGCGGCCUUUUGUUAUAUGCUGGCACUACUGCUGACGGCGGCGCUUAUCUUCUUCGCUAUUUGGCAUAUAAUUGCAUUUGAUGAGCUGAAGACUGACUAUAAGAAUCCUAUAGACCAAUGUAACACGUUAAACCCGCUCGUCUUGCCGGAGUACCUCAUCCAUGUGUUCUUCUGCGUAAUGUUCCUGUGUGCUGCAGAAUGGCUGACGCUUGGACUCAACAUGCCUCUGCUGGCCUAUCACGUCUGGAGGUAUAUGAGCCGCCCUGUUAUGAGUGGACCUGGAUUGUAUGACCCCACUACAAUAAUGAACGCAGAUAUUCUGGCAUACUGUCAGAAGGAGGGAUGGUGCAAACUUGCAUUCUACCUCCUCUCAUUCUUCUACUAUCUUUACGGGAUGAUCUAUGUUUUGGUGAGCUCCUAAACUGGAUACAGCUGGAAAGCAUAUAAGGAAGCGUUUGAGAUGCUGAUUUUUAAAACCCAAAUGGAGCUGAAUUUGGACUCUGCCAUCUCUCUCAGUUCUGCUCGGCUGUUUCAAAAGGACAUUGACUUUAUUUACACCUCAUUGGCCAAGAACGAUCCAGGACGCAAGCAGCCCGCACAACUCCAGAACCACACAUGCAAAAAUAAAUGAUUACCAACUCUUCAGUACAACCUGUUUAGACUUAUAUACACAUGCAGCACCAAUGCCAAAGCACUUCACACACUGAAAGCAUCAGCAGAUGAGAUGAAACCGUUUACAUUGACCAGAUCGUGUCCAAAGCAGAGGCACAAGGGCUUCAACACUAUACCACUGAUGGAAAUGUGCAAAGAUUUUACUCUUGUGUUUUCAAACUGUGGGACAAAAUAAAGAUCUUGAUUGUAGCAUUUUUACAGACUUAUUUUAUCUGAAAUAUAUUACUGCCUUGUAGCUCAGUCAGUUCUUUAAUUUGUCCUUCAGAGUCGUGUGCUGCUUUGGUGGUUCAUGAUCUUGCAAGUCCGUGUUUUUAGCUCAUGCUGGUGGUCUGCUUCAUGUUGAUGGUUCUUAUCAGAUGAAUGCUCCAUUUCAAGUGUGUUAAAACCACUGUUUACUGUCUUUUUGGUAGGAAAUGAGAAAACUGAUGCUUUCAGUGUGUUGAAGGCUUUACUUCGCUCAUACACCUUGGAAAUACUCCACAUGUAACUUUUUUUUGCUUUAAAAUUUAUUAUUGUGUGCGUUUUGUAUUUCUAAGUGUAAUUAUUUUCUGAUUUUGUUUUACUUCCAUUAUGUUUUUGUGAGAUAGAGAUGAGUGUGGACGCUGUUUUGAAUAUUUUGGUUUGAUGUUGGCAUGAUCUCAGUGUGCCAAGAUGCCAUUUUCUUUUAGCCUGUCAGUAAUCACAAGCAGAGGCUUCAGUCCUGAGGUGAUGCUGUAGUUUGUAUCUGGAUUCAGAGCAGAGGUGUGUGGAAGGAUUUUUACCACACCGAUAGCGGUUCAUAAUCACCAAGCUGGACAACCAAGUGAUAUUCAGAGUAAUAAGUUAUUUUUGAUUUUCCCUGUGAUUUGAUUUUAGAUUUUUUUUUUUUAUGUUUGCUUUUUCCCCUGUGUGUGUGUGUGAACCCAGCAUUAUGUGCAUUUGAAUGUUAUAAAGUCUUGCAAGAGCUAUAGUAAAUUGUGAAUUUCUUUUUUUCCCCCUUUUUGGCUUGUUAUAUUGCUUAAAGUUCCCAAUAAAGCUCCCCAUAGACCAAUGCUCAUUUUA